GACUUUUACCCGACCGCUGCCUUUACCAGACACAUGAAGGUUUGGUUAUUUCUAAUCCUCCUUUUUCAUAUAGCCUAAAUGUUAGACAGUUAUAUGAAAUGGAUAAAAGUGGCUUCAUUAUAAAACCACUUUCAGCAUUAAUAUCCCUUCUAUUCAUAUAUGUGUUGGUUUGACACGAGCGAUAUGGACAAGUUGUAUUCUAUUUCUGCCCAUGACCAUUAAAGAGAGGAGCGUUCAUUCAUUUCCGUUGCCGAGUCCACUGUUUUGUUUCUGAGUGGGUCGAUGACCUCCAUUCCCAAUCGACCAAUUGCAUGAAAGUGGGUUACGUUCGCGCAUGCGCAGAGGCAUCAAAGUAAUUUGUUGAUAUCCUGCUUGGUAGUAUUCAUUUAGACUUUGGUAUUUCACAGCCAACAUUUACCCCCAGCCUUGGGGUUUUCUUUGCACUGGGAGGCGCAGUUACCUAGAACGUUAUCUAUAUGAAGGGCUGAUGGAGGACACAAGGGAUUUGGCGGAACGCACCCCACGUUCAGAGCGUAAGCGGAGAGACUCCUUCGGGAUGUUUGAUGGCUACGACAGCUGCAGCGAGGAGUCCACCAGCAGCUCCAGCUCAGAAGACAGCGAGGAUGAGGUGGUGCCGUCCAUCCCUGCAAGUCUGCCCAUCAUCAAGAACAAUGGUCAGGUCUACACGUACCCUGACGGCAAGGCUGGAAUGGCCACUUGUGAGAUGUGCGGGAUGGUCGGAGUGCGAGAUGCCUUUUACUCAAAAACUAAGCGCUUUUGCAGUGUGUCGUGUUCCCGGAGUUAUUCCUCGAAUUCCAAAAAAGCCAGCAUCUUGGCAAGACUCCAGGGCAAACCACCAACAAAAAAGGCCAAAGUCUUACAGAAACAGCCUCUUAUGGCUAAGUUGGCUGCUUACGCUCAGUACCAAGCAAGUCAGCAGAACCAGCCCAAGUCAAAAGCUGUGGUCCCUGCAGAGAGCUUUGACUGGGGUCGGUACAUCUGUAGCAAUAACACGACCGGAGCUCCAGUCAGCUGUUUCAAGCAUGCCCCUAUGGGGACAUGCUGGGGAGACAUAGAAGAAGGAGUGAGGAUUGAAGUGAACAACUCUGAUACCAACCUCUCCACUAAGGUGUACUGGAUAGCAGAAAUCAUCAAGCUAGCUGGGUUCAAGGCUCUCCUGCGCUACGAGGGCUUUGACAACGACACCACGAAGGACUUCUGGUGUGACCUCUGCGUCCCUGAAGUGCACCCGGUGGGGUGGUGCGCCUCCAGCGGCAAACCCCUCGUACCCCCAAAAAGCAUACAGCAUAAGUACUCGAACUGGAAAGCCUUUCUUGUGAAGCGUCUCACUGGAGCUAAAACCCUGCCACCUGACUUUAAUGCCAAGGUACACGAGAACAUGCAGUUCCCCUUCAAGAAGCUGAUGCGGGUAGAGGUGGUGGACAAGAACUACCUGUGCCGGACGCGGGUGGCGCUGGUGGAGCAGGUCAUCGGUGGUCGCCUCCGGCUGGUGUACGAGGAGAGCCAGGACGGGUCAGACGACUUCUGGUGCCACAUGUACAGCCCCCUCAUCCACAAUAUCGGCUGGUCGCGCAGCAUCGGCCACCGCUUCAAAAGAUCUGAUAUUACAAAGAAAAUUGAGGGUCAAGCUGAUGCCCCCGCACUGUUCUUCCAGAAGGUGAAAGAUGUGGACCAGAAUGGGGAUUGGUUCAAAGAUGGGAUGAAGUUAGAAGCCAUUGACCCCCUCAACCUCUCAGCUAUAUGUGUAGCCACUGUAAGAAAGGUGUUGGCAGACGGGUACCUCAUGAUCGGGAUUGAUGGUUCGGAGGCAGUGGAUGGAUCAGACUGGUUCUGCUACCACGGCACGUCGCCCUCCAUCUACCCUGUCGGCUUCUGUGAAAUCAACGAGAUAGAACUCACGCCCCCUCGAGGGUACACUAAACUGCCAUUUAAAUGGUUUGACUACCUCAGAGAAACAGGUUCAAUAGCUGCUCCUGUCAAGCUCUUUAACAAGGAGGUUCCCAAUCACGGUUUCCGUCAAGGCAUGAAGCUGGAGGCCGUUGAUCUGAUGGAGCCACGGCUGGUGUGUGUUGCCACGGUGACGAGGAUUGUGCACCGGCUACUGAGGAUCCACUUUGACGGCUGGGAGGACGAAUAUGACCAAUGGGUGGACUGCGAGUCCCCUGACCUCUACCCUGUGGGCUGGUGCCAGCUGACGGGCUACCAGCUGCAACCCCCUGCCUCACAGAGUAACAGAGAAAUGCCUCAAUCUGUACCCAAACAGAAGAAAAAAGCCCAGCAGUACAAAGGCCAGAAGAAAAACUUGAGCCCCCGUGUGUGUCAUAAGCCCCCCGCUAGCUUACCCGAGUGUGGCUUGAUGUUUCUAGAGAGGAAGCUUCCGGUUGGUCGGCGGCCCUUCAGUCAGGCCGGCAGGAGGAGGAGCAGCUUCUCCGGGGACGAGGAGCAGAGUCCACCCCCUUACCCCGCCCAGGGCCCCUCCCGGCCCCGGCCCCGCACCCACCUCCACCAAACCCACAAAUCAGACUCUCUCGUGCGGAUGAAGGAGGAAUCGGCCGAGGUGGACGAGUUCACCUUCUCGCAGGGCACCUCUGACCAGGAGAGCAACGGCUCGGGCAGCUACUACAUCAAACAGGAGCCCUGAUGUCGGGACGGAGCGGGACAAAAAGACCGCCCCCCCGGUCCCCUCCCCCGAGGGAGAAUAAAUCCAACCCCAGCAAGGAUCAGGAAGACAGAGUCAAACUAGCUCGGAAUCACACUCGGACCAACGCCACCGACCUUCUGUGGAUUACAGUUCUGACGAUGCCGAUGUCCAGGAGAGAAGAUGGGGGGAGGGAGGGGGCAGUUUCAAACCUCUGCAAAAAAAAAGUCGCGAAGGGCUCACUCCUCUCUGAACAAUUGUGAAAACCUUGUAGCUGUGCACCCGGGUCACACAUGUUUGGGCAUUCUCUCAUCACACUCCUGGGAUGAUGCAACGUGGUUCUCUCCUGUUCCAGGCAGCCAAUCAGACGUGAGCUAUUUGGAUGGAGGGAGAACAACAGGCUCCCUCCGGACGAAUGGGAGUCCUGCGAGUCGCCACCAGCCCCCCCACUCACCUCCCUACCACCGCAAUGUAGGCUGCGCACAGAGACCUGUAGAAACUGUGAGGAACCGUUUAUUGAGCCAGGUCUUUUGCUUCCUUGUUGUUUUUUUGUUGUUGUUGUUGUUCUCCUCAGUACAGCCACUGAGCGGCCCCAGAGAGGCUGGCAGGAAGAGGAACACAGCUGAGGAGAGUCAUUAUUUUCUUCGGAACAGUCUUGCUAGCUGGACUUCUACUUUGUUAAUAGUACUUGAAGUUUUUUUUUCUUAUUUUGUAAUGAUUUUGGGGUUGUUUUUGUCUUAAUGUACUUAUUUUGCUUCUUUUUUUGUUUGUUAGUGGCUGUUUGGGAAACGUGAUGUGCAUUGUUUUCAUAAGGUGAUUAUAUUCAUAUAGUAUGUGGAGACCUAUAUAAAUCAGAGUAUAGAUAUAGAAUUGUGAUGGGAAGAGCGAUCUCAGUACAGCACUGCUCAGCAUUACUGAUACUGGUCUUAUUUUUCAAAAUGAGAUUUAGUUUCUUCCGAUCUUUACCAGGAGAUUUCCACAACUAUCAUUUCCGAUCCUCAUUACAGAAACAUUCAAGUGUAACGGUGUCGCUCUUCUUGUGAGAGUUGCUCAGACAGCGGGAGGGGGACCUUUCACACGUUUCUAUGGCAACACAAAGGUCCAGUUGGAGUAUAUUCUGCUGGACAUGAACAGUAGUCCAAUAAAAGUGUUUAAUUUUAAUGCAGAAGUCCUGUACAUUUGGACUUUAUUCAACCUGCCAGUAGAUACCUGUGGAUCACGUGCAACCAGGAGAGUGCACGUGUGACGAGGUCACAGUGCUAGCCAUCACAUGGAGUUUUAGUAGGGACCUAUCGCAGUGCCAGAACUCCCACAACACCUCCAAGAUAGAAAGUUGAAAUCCUAUUCUGUAAUGUGGAACUGAACUGAUGGAUCUGUGGAGAUGGAACGCAUUCGUCCUUAAAAUAAUUCCCCUUUUGGUUCAGGAGCGUCUAAUGAGGAGGCAUUGGCAUAAAGUGUGACUGUAGGUGAGCCGCAGGGUCUGUCGUAAAAAGAGAAACCUUACUGGUAUGAUAGGGCUCACUCUGACAUCGUUCUCACUGUGCACCGCCAGCAUGUGGCCCUGGGGGCGGGUCUGCAGCCGGGGAGAGACUGACAGCGCGUGUGUGGGUGUGCGUGUGUGCAUGUGUGUGUGUGUGUGUGUGUUCCAAUCCGUGCUGCAGGCACAUCACUGGCUUGGGGUCAAAGGUCGCUCAGUGACUGGAGGGAGGAGGGGGAGGGGGGGGUGUGUCACAUCGCUCGGGUCUGUUGGGUUCUUGGACCAUGUCGGCUGUAUGUGGAACUCCUCCCCAUGUGGAGUCUGGACUGUGUAACGUUAUUGUGCUCAAUGGCUCCACUGCUGACAUUUAUCAAAAAUUACAGUGAAGAAAAACAAACUAUUUCUACAUAUGUCUAAUUAGGUAAAUGAAAAAGAAACGACCCCCAUAGUGCCUUUUUCUACAAUAUGUUAUAUUAUUAAUAAUGCUUGUAUUCGCUUGCCAUCUAAAGCGAUUUAAGCAACAACAGUUGAGUAAGAUCUGUUUUUGAUUUCUUAUGUUUUGGUUGAAUCAAGUCAUUUUUUUAAUUGAAUACUGUGAAGCAGUCCAGACUCCACACACCGCCUUGGUUUCUAUCUCUGAUGAUAAGACACAAAAGAAUAUUUUAUUAGGGCAAUAUGCAAAGUUUCCGUGUUUUUGUUGUUUUAAUCGCUUGGGUCGUCCUCAUGUCAGAGCCAUAUGUAUGCAAGCUAGCUUAUGAUACACCUGAGCCACAGAAUAAGAGGUUUGUUAUUAAUAAUGAAAACAUGAACAAUGCACUGCUUUUCCAACUCUUCUCUGGGGGCAGCACUCGCGUAACACGACAGGAUCUAAAAGUGACACAAAGACCUAGAUUCUAUAUAUAAAUAUGUAUUCUCCAGACUAUGAUGGUAUCAAACUUUCACAUCCUGAUAUGUCCAAAACCCGCGCUCGUGCGCGGCGACGACUCCUUUCUCUCUUCUCAGAGCUCGAUCUUUUGAACUGUUUACUACCUCCUGAUGCUAGCCACAAGAGCUCAAACUACAGCGCAAAAUAGACUAUGGCAGUGUGUUAGCAUAUGCAAAUGAGAGUGAUUUACCUAAAAAAUGAUGAUCCGCUUGAAGACUAGACACCAAACAUUGCAGAAUGGUAUCACAGCACACGAGGUAGUCUUCUAAUUUGAAUGAUAUGCAAUAAUACCAGAUCCCAUAUUGUUCUGCUAUGUUUCGUAAAUCUUAGAGCGCCCUCAAAUGUCAUGAUCACUACAUGAAUAUAA